UAGAAAAUUAAAAAGUGAGUAUAGAGGGUUUGAACACAAAAAUUGUUCUGUUGGGAAUAAAUUUAACUUGCUUCAAAUUUUCUUUUUUCUUCGAAUGGACAACGAACACAAUCAUCAAAAACAACAAAAAAUAUUAACAAAAGAACAACAAGAAAAACAUAAAAAUGAAAUUAAUGUUUGUUCUGUUAAAAAUUCUGAAGAGAAAAUAAAAGAAAAUGAAGAAUUAAUACAACCUCUACAUGUUGAAAUACCUGAAAAUCAACCACAGAAAAUUAUAAUUGAUAAACAAUGUAGCGAAGAGGAAAGAAUUAGUAAAACUCCCCAUCAUUUAUUAAAUUCUAAACAACAAGGAAGGAAUAAAGAAAUUAAACAGCCUCUAUUGCUUCAACAGCAUUCACCUAAAUUUAAGCAAAAUUGUUCUUUAUCUACCGGUUGUUGUCCUUGCUGUACAAAUACACAAAAUGAAAUUACUUCAUUUACACCUCCUCCAAAUUUAACAACGGUAGCCGACCGUUUUGUUCUUCAGCAUUACAGUAAAGCUGGCAGUGGUGGAACAUUGCCCAUAAGUGGAAUUCCUCGUAAAAAGGCUCCCCAGCACAGACGAUUACGAAAAUAUGCGUCUGAGACAAGUUUUUGUUCAUCUCCUGGGAGUAGUUUUGGAAGUGUUGGGAGUGGUGCUAGCCUUUUGCAUCCAAGUCAGUGUCCUGGACGUAUUAGAACAGUUACUUUGAUGAAUGGACGUAGUAGAAAUUCUGGUGGAGAUUUGGGAUGUGAACGUGAAGUACGCACCGGUGCUCGUGUUUUUCAUGUUCGUCCAUCUGGUACCUCGUCUCAACAAUCAGCACAUUUAGCCUGUGCUGGCAGUAAUACAUUAAUUAAUCGAUUACAUCAUCAACGUCGUUGCCAACCACAACAACAACUUUCACAAUCUCCGCAAAGCCAAGAAAUUCGUAAAGAUUCGGGUGAUGAUGCUAGUUGUAGUUUAGGUAGUGGGAGUACACAAGGAAGUAAUAGCCAACAAACACCUUUAAGUCAAAGACGAAUACAAAUUAUUCAAAUGCAACAAAAACAACAACAUCCAUUCACUCCUUCUCAGCAACAACAACGAUUUAAAAUGCGUAGACCUAGAUCAACAGGCCAAAUAAUUAUUCAACAAAUACCAAAUUCUAAGAAGAAAUAUUCCGAAACACAAGAAUGUAAUUAUUCAAUAGAGCAAAACUCAGGCGGUUCUAGUUCAACUACCGCCGGACAAUCAGGGCCAGAUAACAACCAUCGUUGUCGAACAAUGAGUAGCGGAACACCUUAUACUAUUCAUCAAAAUCAUUCUUCUAAUUGUGUUGCCAACAAUAUUUCAGCAAUUAACAAUAACAAUAAUAAUAAAGGAAAUAAUUCGAGUGUCGGUUAUGAUCCUUCUUAUACAUCAGCCACAGUUUAUUCGACUGAUUCGAUUAUAAAUAUCCACUCAGCUUGUGGUCAACCAACAAAUCCUGAAACUGUUAGUGGUACAUGUACGGGGAGUGGGGCACCAAUGACGGCUGAUGCAAUUAUACCCGUAGAUCGUCGACCCUCAAACUAUUAUCUUUUUGAAGAUGAUAGUGCUCAUGAAUUCGACGACGAAGACGAGUUUGACAAUGUGACUUUGAUGUAUUCAAAACAUGAAAAAAUUCCAAUGAAAGAUUUUGGAUCUGAAAUCCGCGCAACAAUGGACAUUGACCACUUGUUAAAUAAAGCUGUAUUACUUUUGGAUUUGCAAGAAACUUCAUUAGAAGAAAUUUUUGCAAAAAUAAUUCAUGAAAUGGAUAUCCAAGAACCAGAAUUUACUAGCGAACAAGUUCGUUCUGUUCUUUUUACGCAAGAUGCUGGAAAUCAAUUUCACAUUUUGAGUCGAACAGUACAAAGCAUUUGCACAACUGGCACAGUUGGUGGAACUUUUGAUUAUGAUCAAACAUGGAUUUGUGCUCUUUGUAUGCUAAGUACUGUCCAGCACCGUCAUGUAGCUAUUGCUCGCCUUUCUCAUCCAACCAAUUUGGGCAGAACAAUGCAAGAUCUCCGUUUUAUUAUUAUUGUUAUUGCUCCAUCUAGAGCGAAAGGCACAAAGACAGCAUUAGAAACAACAAGAACAUUUGCCACACUUUUUGCUGAUAUGGAUAUUAGACAACGUCUUGUAAUGGCCCAUUCAGUUGAGGCAUUUAGAGCAACACUUUUGGAAGCAGCAAAAGAAUUAGCACUUGAACAAUCACAAUGGAGAGAAAGAAAAUCUUCGAUUCAUUUAAGUCAAGCAAAAGAACAAGUUUUUGGUCUAGGCAAAUUCUUUCCAUUUCGUGGUCUCAUAGAAGACUUUAAAAUGCGCAAAAAGCAUUAUAUUUCUGACUAUUUAGAUGGUUUAAGAGGUCAUCGUACAAUGCAAAAAAUGUUUUCUUCAAUUAUUUUUCUUUAUUUUGCUUGUCUUCUUCCCGCAAUUGCUUUUGGUGUGCUCAAUGAUGAUAAUACGGGUGGUAGAAUUAAUGUUAGAAAAGGAAUACUUGCUCAGGCAAUCGGAGGAGUUUUCUUUGCUGCUUUUGGUGGCCAACCAAUGAUUAUUUUAUUAACAACUGUCCCUCUAGCAAUAUAUAUUAAAGUAAUAUAUAGGAUAUCAGAAUCCCUUGGUUAUGAUUUUUUCGCAAUGUAUGCUUGUGUUGGCCUUUGGUGUCAAUUUUUUCUAGUUAUUUACGCAGCUACUGAACUUUGUAGUUUAAUGAAAUUGGCAACAAGAUCAGCAGAAGAAAUGUUUUCACUUUUUAUAGCUAUUGCUUUUGCUGUUGAAAGUGUUAGAGCAAUUCAUACAAGUUUCAUCGAUAACUAUCUAAGCUGUAUUGACACAACAUCAGUUGCUCAACCUCAAAACUUUUCUUUAUUAAACCAAAAAAUAUUAACAAAUACAACAGAAUUAAUCUAUCCACAGAUUGAAAAUGGUUGUAAUAGAGAUACUUUUAUUCUUUAUCUUCUUUUAAUGUUUGGAACAUUAUGGGUUGCCCUGUUUCUUUAUAACUUUAGAAAAACUCCUUAUUUGACACGAUCAAGGCGUGAAUGGCUUGCUGACUAUGCAUUACCUGCUUCUGUUCUUAUAAUGUCAUUUCUUGGAGAACAUACAUUUUCUAAAAUUGAUAAAGAUAUUUUUCAUAUGAGGGCAGAUGUUUCUCUUCUUAAAAUUCCCGAAUUUUGGCGCCUCUCUUGGCAGGCUAUUUUUGUUUGCUUCAUUCUUGGCUUUUUCCUCUCUUUUCUUUUUUAUAUGGAUCAAAAUAUUUGUUCAGCUAUUGUUAAUAAUAAUCAAAAUAAAUUAAAGAAGGGAAGUGCUCAACAUUUAGAUUUACUUGUUGUUUCUAUUUUAAACAUGUUCCUCUCUGUUAUGGGACUUCCAUGGAUGCAUGGAGCUUUACCUCAUUCUCCACUUCAUGUUAGAGCAUUGGCUGAUGUAGAGGAAAGAGUAGCUCAAGGACAUGUACAUGAAGUAAUAAUGAAUGUAAGAGAAACUCGACUAGCAACAUUAAUAGCUCAUAUAUUAAUCCUUGCUUCGACGUUUUUUCUUCUACCAUCACCCUUACAAUCUAUUCCCACUUCUGUAUUACACGGCCUUUUCCUUUAUAUGGCAUUCACUUCAUUGUCAGGCAAUGAAAUGGUUGAAAGAUUGUUAUUACUUAUUACUGAACAGCAAGCAUACCCUCCAACUCAUUACAUUCGUCGAGUACCACAACGUAAAGUUCAUUUAUUUACAACUUGCCAACUCAUUCAAUUAAUUAUUCUUUGUGCUGUUGGUUUUAGCCCUUAUCCUUUCAUAGAAAUGGUCUUUCCAAUUGUUUGUUUUUGCUUCUUGCCAAUUCGACACAUUCUAAUACCUCGAAUUAUUGACUACAAAUAUUUGGAUGCUUUGGAUGGUCGACAUUAA